UGGGCCCCUCAGUCCCAGUCGCUCUUCCCGCGAGUUAGUCUCUCUUGCGUCCUCGCUCGGAAACCAUCUCUCCUCGUUGUAACCAGUGUCUCCUUUUUUCUACCUUUCUUUCUGUCACUCUCUCUCUCUCUCUCUCUCUCUCUCUCUCUCUCUCUCUCUCUCUCUCUCUAUAUCUUGCUGUCCCUCUCUCCCGCCUCCCCGUCCCCUCCUCUUCUCAGCAACUCUCGUCCUCGAUCUAUCGUGCGUCCCUGCGUCGGUGCACCCGGGCGCCCGUCCACCAGUCCCACCAGUCAAAGCCAUCGGUUGGAGUUCGAGAGGAGUUCUCCCGGUCUGUGGUGUCAGUGUUGGCACGUGGAAAGUCAUUCUGUGCAUCGAUGAGACUCUAAAAUAGAGAAAAACGUCGUUUCCCCUACAUUAUUGCAUUUCUUUGGAUUCUCCAGCGAUUCGUAAAGUGCGCGAACAUGAGUGUCCGUAGCGAUUUCUGCCGAUUCCCAAUAUGGAUAUGCGUCAUUGGCUUAGCAGCCGCGAACGUAAACGAUAAUGGUGGCAGCAAAGUACGAUGCUCCGAAUCGACGAUGGAGGUUGAGAUCGCAAGGAGCAGUCCCGAGGCGAGGAUAUACCUGCAGCAGCUCAAGGACUAUCCAGAUGAAGCCUGCAAGCCAAGACUCAGCGACACCGUCGCUACCUUCGCCCUGUCGCUCCUUGAGCAGGACAUGCCGCGUUGCGGGAUUACGCGUGUUCUCAACAAAGUCACGGGUCAGAAGGUCUUUUACCACCGGGUCGUAAUGGAGGAGCCGGCUGAUUCGAGCAAGCACACCUUCACCGUGACGUGCGUCAUCACGGAAGUCCUCGUCCAGCCAGGAAUCUCAAGGACGACGAAUCACACGGCCGUAAGACGGAGUGUCCUUCCGGCAGAGUUUCAGGAGCCCGACGUGAUCGAGAUCCUCGACGAGUGUCAAGGAAACGCUCCCGUGCCGACGCUAGGAGUUGGCGUCAGGCAGGGCGGCACUCUGGUCACCGGCGAGCUGAACGUCAGUCCUGGGACCCCUUUGCAAAUGGAGAUCUUCCUAGACAGAGUAUCGGCGCCAAUCUACGGACUCCUCGUCACCUAUAUGCAGGUUACAGACACGAAAACGCAGGAAGAAACGAUAAUCUUCAAUGGUUGCUCCGUCGAUCCGUAUCUCUUCGAGAACUUUAAUACCGUCGACGGGGACUUCCUGACCGCCAAGUUUCGCGCGUUCAAGUUCCCCGAAAGCACCUACGUCCAGUUUCGCGGCAUCGUCAACGUUUGCCUCGACAAAUGCCAGGGCAUCGAAUGCAGCAAUGGGCAGGUGGGCUACGGUCGCAAGCGGCGUGCCGUCCCCUUUGCUGCCAACGAGAAGAACAAAGUCUUCGAGGUGACCAUGUCGACAUUCAUCAAGAUGGACUUUACGGAUGACGUAAAGAUGGAUCGAUCUCUCUCGGAAUUCAUCCGCAAGGCUGAGAACGCGACGCGCGAAAGACCCGUGAUGGCCGAGCAAAUCAAGGAACACUUUGAGUACAAGGUAGUUGAAACGGAUAGGAACGCUACCAGCGGGACGACGUUCGCUGCUCCCCUGAGCGUCAUCCUCUUCCUCGUCCUCCACGUCCAUCUUUAACACUUUUCACGUGACAAGCACUUCCGCGUCUUGUCCCGAACCUGUAAUGGUGCAUUUAGUAUGUUGCUCGCGUAAGACACCUCGUGUCUCACGGCUAAAGGAAGAGUCGAACGAAGAGGAUGGAUUAGUUAGAAUGUUAAACGAGUCAUGUGAUACUAAACUGUACAAUAUUUUCUAGCGAGUAACCGACAUGAAACAUUGAAAGCAUCCGGCUUAACAAGAAUCUAAAAGAACGCUCGACCUGAUAAGCAAGCAAAUAAUCAACCGGUUAGGCGAUUUCUCCGCUCAGCGACCGCCAUCAUUUUCUCAUGAACUCUUAGCCGCUUUUUCCUAAUUUUGCUUCGCGACAUUCCCGGAACCCAGAAAAUUGGCCUUUGCGAGCGGAGAGUGUCGAGGACGUAGUCUUACGAUUAUGUACUUUUACAUGGGGCACUUCCCAUUCACUUUAGUACGAUACCUAAUGCCAUUGGCCCUUAACCCCAAUAACAUCGAUUAACGCAUUCGCGUAAAAUAACUUGAAAUAUAUGGGAAAAUAUUUUGAAAACAAAAAAAAAUAAAUUUACUACUUCAAAG